AUGGGCCAGAUGAUACCCGACCUCACACCGGGAGUGCCUAGGGUGCUCCAUACCAACGGCGUGCCGAAGAAACCGCAGUAUGACACCACCUUCACGGACAGGGUCAUAUCUGCCACUGGCCCAAAUGCCAAUGGGCGCUUGGUUGAAGUAAUGCCCAGCUUGGUGCGCCACCUCCAUGCGUUUGCACGCGAGGUCAACUUGACGGUUGCGGAGUGGAUAGCUGCCGUCGACUUUAUUAACGAAUGCGGCAAGAUGUCCGAUGACCGGCGGAACGAAACCCAGCUGUUGUGCGAUAUCGUGGGAUUGGAGAGUUUGGUUGACGAGAUCACGUCCAAGAUGCUGGCGACUUCCACCUCCGAGACCCCAUCCGCCAUCCUCGGUCCAUUCUACCGGCACAAUGCACCUUUGCUGCCGAACGGGAGCUCCAUCGUCCAGAACCUCACCCCUUCAGUUCCAUGGUAUGAGCAAGCAGUUGCUGACUCUGCCUUUGUAUCGGGCCGCGUCUUGACUAGCUCGGGCACGCCGAUCAAGGGGGCGAUCGUGGACGUAUGGCAUUCGGCGCCGAACGGGUUGUAUGAGCAGCAAGACGAGUCGCAACCGGAUAUGAACUUUCGGGGUCGUUUCGAGACAGACGCGGCGGGUUGCUAUGCCUUUUAUGCAUUGCGGCCGGUCCCAUAUCCGAUCCCUGACGACGGGCCGGCGGGGAAACUGUUGGGCUUACUGGACCGGCAUCCUUAUAGGCCGGGCCAUAUCCACUUUAUGGUGUCUGCUCCCAAGUUCCGGGCCUUGACGACGCAGCUGUAUGACGACCGAGAUGAAUAUAUUACCAACGAUGCCGUCUUUUCCGUCAAGGACGAGCUGGUCGUCAAAUUCACGCCGCGCGAGGGGGACCCGAAUGCGCGGUGGUCACUUAAGUAUGACUUUGUGCUUGGUCGGGAAUGA